AUGAGCCAGUAUAACCGCCAGGGUGGCUCAGGCUACCGGUACGAUGAAUAUGGAGGUCAUAAUUCGCAAUACACCGAACAGCCAUCCCAUGCUGACUACUCAUCCGAAACGUAUCACUCCGAACAACAAGGUUAUGCUCAGCAGCAAUCCUACAACAAUUAUGAUUCGCCGCAGCCCGAGUACCAGUCUGCGCCGAUCAAGCCUCAAAGACAACCAUCCAGACUGCGAUCCAACUCUUCCUCUAGUCGAUCUACUGCUCACACUCCUGCCACUUACAACCAAGAGAUCCCACCCGUGCCAUCCAACUUGUCGGCAGCGAGACAGCGUUCAGCACCCCGCAACAACCAGCUUUCCACCUCGGCUUCCUACAAUCAGGACGGCUUCUCUCGGCCCUCAUACCAUUCCAACCGCAGCGGUCCUACCAACCAUCCUAGUCAGUGGGAUCCCAACGCAUCCUACGACGCCGCUCACACAUCACCUCUCUACGACCCUGCGCCAUUGCCAGCGCCAGCACAGUAUCAAGCUGACCUCUCGCAGCACAGCAUCGAUCUAGGCGCCCGUGACCCUACCUAUGACGAGCGAACCAUGCAGCACAAUUACCCGUACGCAGGAGCUGCUCCUUUCGAGCGUUCAAACAGCUACCAGUCUGGCCAUCCAGGUGGAAACGGAUAUCACACUGUAGACGACGAGAAGAGUGUCUACUCGAAGAACAGCACACACCUUCCCGCAGCCUGGAACGGAAGCGAUCAGGUCAAUCACUAUCCUGAGAUGCCAGCGGCCCACUCCACCCUCCAUCUCGGACAACCCGGCUACCCACCCACACCCUAUGGCGACUAUGGUCACCGCCCAGGGCCAGGCAUGCCUGAGGGGCACGUUCCAUUUAGCGGUCUCGGAGCGGCUGGUGUUGUCAUCGCCCCUGCACCCAUGCACACGCUUCAGCACCAAAACUCGAGCUUCCAACGUGAGAACCGCGAACGCAUCAUGCGCAAGCGCACCGUCAAGCGCAUUCCUCUCCAAGACGGCAACCUCGUCCUCGACAUUCCCGUCGCCAAAAGCAUCAGCAAGUCCAAUAGCAACAACCCCGAGUUCCGCGAGAUGCGAUACACUGCUUGCACAACCGACCCAGACCAGUUCAUCGAGGAAAAGUACACCCUCCGUCCCUGGCUUUAUGGCAGAGAAACCGAGAUGGCAAUCGUUCUCACCUGCUACAACGAAGAUGACGUCCUCUUUGCCCGCACCAUGGGCGGUGUCAUCAAGAACAUCGCUCACCUUUGCGGUCGAACUCGCUCCAAGACAUGGGGACCCGACGCAUGGAAGAAGGUCGUGGUCAUCAUUGUAGCCGAUGGACGAAAGAAGGCCAACGAGCGCAUGCUCAAAGCGCUCGGUUUGAUGGGUUGCUACAACGAAGGUGUCAUGAAGGAUCACGUUCUCAAGAAACCAGUCGAGGCCCAUAUCUUCGAGUACACCACUCGCGUUCAAGUCACUGAAAAAGGCGAGGUUCAAGUCACACCCUGCCCUGUUCAGGUCGUCUUCUGUCUCAAGGAGCAGAACAAGAAGAAGCUCAACUCGCACAGAUGGUACUUUAACGCUUUCUGCCGCAUGCUUCAGCCCAACGUCUGCAUUUUGCUCGAUGUCGGCACUAAGCCGACGGCCACCUCGAUCUACGAGCUCUGGAAGAGCUUUGACAAGCACCCUCACGUCGGUGGAGCCUGUGGAGAGAUCUGCGUCGACACAGGUCGAGGCUGCGUAUCCCUCUUCAACCCCUUGGUCGCCUCACAGAAUUUCGAGUACAAGAUGUCCAACAUCCUCGACAAGCCCACCGAGUCGGUCUUUGGCUUCAUCUCGGUCUUGCCAGGUGCCUUCUCGGCGUACCGAUACAAGGCUUUGCAAGGCCGACCGCUGCAGAUGUACUUCAAGGGUGAAAAGCUGCACUCGGGCGAGGGAAGCAAUUCCAUCUUCUCCGGCAACAUGUAUCUCGCUGAAGAUCGUAUUUUGUGUUUCGAGUUGGUCACCAAGGAACGCGAAGGAUGGCUUUUGAGAUACGUCAAGUCGGCCAAGGCGUACACAGAUGUGCCAGACAAGGUGCCUGAGUUCAUCUCGCAGCGCCGACGAUGGCUCAACGGUUCGCUCUUUGCAUCCUACUAUGCUACAUGGCAUUGGUACCGCAUCUUCAAGUCAGGCCAGCCUUUCCUCCGCAAGCUCUGGUUGCUCUUCCAGGUCAUUUACGGCUUGAUUCUGCUUGUCUUCAGUUGGUUCGCCCUGGCCAACUUCUUCCUGGCUUUCUACUUUUUGCUCAACUCGGCUGUCAGCACUAACGGCAAGGAUCCUUUCGGAGGACAGGGUGCUGCUAUCAUUGAGAUCUUUCAAAACAUCUUUAUCGCUAUGGUCAUCGUCGUCUUGGUCUGUUCGCUUGGCAACCGACCUCAGGGAUCUAACUUUGCCUACACUUCGGCCAUCGUCAUCUUUGCGCUUAUCAUGGGGUUGGCGCUGUACGCAGCAGGUUUCACCACCUACUUGGCGCUCAAUGCUUCUGGCCUCACACACCGCAGCGGCUGGCGCAUCGACAACCUCGAGCAGCUCUUCAAGACUUCUGGUUUCCGCGACAUUGUCGUCUCGCUCGCCGCUACCUACGUCAUGUGGUUGGUCUGCUCGAUCUUGCACUUUGAGCCGUGGCACAUGCUCACCUCGUUCGUCCAGUAUCUCUUCCUCACACCGACCUACAUCAUCAUCCUGUCGAUGUAUUCGAUGUGCAACACCAACGAUCUUUCCUGGGGUACCAAACAGUCCAACGGUCCUGCCACCGAUUUGGGUGGUGCCACUGGCUCCGCAUCCAAGCAGGACGGCAAGGGACAGAUGGUCGAGGUCAAGAUCCCAACGUCGGCCGAAGACGCAGAAGACCUCUGGACGCACUAUCGACAGACCCUCUCACAGCCCGUUGCCGAAGUCAAGCAGAAGCGAGACAAGGCGACAAAGCAGGAGGAUCACGCCAAGAACUUCCGAACCAAUCUGGUGCUCGUCUGGAUGUGCACCAACGCUGUCGUUGUGAUCGUGUUUACGAGUACUUGGUGGAACAAGUAUGUUCGCAACCACAUCUAUGCCGAUGCUGUGCGUAGGGGUGAGCCAAUCAUCAACCCUUACCAGACGGUCAUCUUUUGGUCCACUGCUGGUCUCUCGGCAGUUCGCUUUGUCGGAAGCAUUGCUUUCCUCAUUAUGCGCAUGUUUGGACACUAG